GGGGAUUUCCCGACUUGAGUCAUUGACAGCUGACAUUUGUGUACAUUUCAUAAUUUGGUAAAAUUCGAGUGUCGUGAGUUAGAAUCGAUAAAAGUGUAUGUUCAAGUUUAGAGAAAAAGUACUGCGUAAAUGUCGUUAAUCACAUGUAUAGUGAUGAUAGUUAUCUGAUCUGACAGAUGCUGGGGUACUAUCAGACUAUUGUUCAGUAGCCUGCAGGCACAGACAUCUGGGAUCUUGCACCUGUUCCUUGUUUAUUCUGAGGAGGUAAUUUACUUUUGGAAUAUCUAAGCACAAUAUUCCAAGAUGUAUGGUCACUUCACGUCGGGUCAAGUUAGCGGAUCAAGUUCUCCUAGAUCGGAAGCUCCGAACUUGAAGAGUGACGAAGCAGCUGCAGUGGCAAUCUUACAACAUCUGAACAAAGAAGAGCUCCAAAGUCUCCUGGAGAAUGAUGACAAACUUCAGGAUCUCAUUUUAGACCUUCAACAGGUGAAGAACAUUCAGACUGAACGUGAGAUGUUGAUGACACAGAACAGGAGCGUCGCAGAAUAUAAUAUUUCCUUGAGGCCAAAACUGGAGUCCCUUAAAACCAAACUUGCUACGAACUAUGAAGAAGCCAGUAGCCUCAAGACAACUCUGGCCAUGGACAAAUCUAAACUAGAUGCCUUGCGAGGAGAGCUGUCUUUAGAUACUGUAAGUGUGCUACUACAAACAGCUACAGCAAAAACCGAGGAAGAUGCUGAGGAAAUUUCUGACCAAUUCUUUGACCGAAAAAUGGACGUGGAAACUUAUUUGGAACAAUACCUAAAUAAAAGGACUCUUUCACAUCUGCAACUAGUGAAAUCACAAAAGCUCAAUGAACUCAUACGUGCUCAGCACAGUCAAGCCCAACAGAGCAAUCAACAAACCAGUUAUAACUGGGGCUCUGGAUCCCAAGGUGGUAGCUACCCGGCCCCGCCUCCCAUAGCCCAGCCGGGCAGUGGCGUGCCCUACCCCAGUGGUUACCCUUACCAUACAGGAGGAGCUUUUCAAAUGCCCCAGACUGGUAAUUACAACCAUAGAUGACAGGGAAAUGCUCAUGAAAGAAUUACAUUUCAAUCUUGAAUAAAACCUAUUUAAUUGUGAACUGUCCAAUUUUGAUCAUUUGUGUUCAUUAGAAAUGACUCCUGUACAGUAUACAAUUGUCAUGUACUUUGUGAAAAGGGAAAUAACUCCAAGACCAUUUACAUUGAUUCUGUGUUUUAAUAUUUGAGAAGUUUGUGGUUCAUAUUAUACCACUGUGUGUCAUGUCUAGAAUGGUUAACAUUGCAAAAGUUAUAGUAGGUAAAAAAGUGUUCCUCCGUCGUCAAUUUCAUGUAUAUUUUAGAAUGUACGAGAAGGGGUGCAAUGUUGAUUAACUAUUAUUUUUUGCAAAAAAAUUGCUUUCACAACUAACUAAUGCUUCAUAUGAUUUACUGGAAAAUAUUUAAACAGUAAAUUUUACAGAAGCUUCACAUCCAGUGAUACAGUAUUUGGUUAUCAUGUUUAUCUUACUUUUGUCUGUUUAUUUACAAUGUUCAGAGAGGUUUUUCGGGAUGCGUAUGAUAGCUACAUGUUAACGUUUUGAUUAAUGUGAUGUUGCAUAUAUGUGGAGUCAAAGUUUAUACAAAGGUCAUGACCUGUAUAUGCAUACUCUAUGUUAGAAACAUUUCACAAGUCUCUAAUUUUGGCUUUCUUGGUGAGAUAGUUAAAUUACAAGUACGGAACACACGUUUUUCAUUGCAUACUAAAAAAUACAACCCCCCCCCCUCCACUAACAUAUUAACGCUAUCAAAGAUUUUUUGAUUUUUUUUCACAAAUCAAGAAAUCUGCAUCAACCAAAACAAAGCAGUAAAAUAUCUGCUUAGUAUACUUUAGGUUAAAUGAAAAAAAGUUUAUACCAUUAAUAACAUACAGGUGUCAUAGUUUUUAAAUUCCCGUUAAUUAAUUACAGAUUUUAAUUUCAAUUGAAAUUUGAUCAAGAGAAUGAACUUUGAAUCCCCGUAAAUCAGCUUUGAUUCUUGGGUUUGAAAGAUCAUGACUGUUGGACGUGUUUUUACCCUCCAAGUUUAAUGGGAAUUCAAAUAUUAGUUAACUUAAGAAAUUUUAAACGUCGAAGGUGAACUGAAAAAUCCUGAAAUUAAGGCUUGGACUCGAAAUUUGAAAUUAAUCACCAUGGAAAAAUUGUGACUUACUCUUAUUGUAUAUAGAAUAUGUGUGAUGGUAUUACAUUGUGCGACCCCUGCGGCAGGAAUUUUAGUUUUGUAUUUCAUUAUGUAUUUUAAAUGCAUCUGUUUGCCUCUGUCUUGUGUUAAAACAUAAUAUUAGUACAUGUAUUGUCUUUUUGUUACACCCUUUUUUUUUAUUUUUAACAUCAUCAUGAAGAUAAUUUCUUUAACAAGAUGUGAGUUAUGACUUGUGGCCAAUAUUCAGUUGCUUUUUUGAUAUUUUGUUUGAACAUUACAUGUAUAUUAUAGGAGAAUGGAGCUUGCCAUCCUACCAAUAGUUCGGAGCUAAUUAGGUACCAUUUAUUCUCGUUGCCAUAUGAAUUGUGAAUCAUGAAAGGAAAACAAUUAGUGACACCCACUAUGCAGUACUCAGCCAGGACAUAAAUGUAUUGUAUUUUUUUUUUUUUUUUAAGGAACAUGUUUUCUUACGUAUCCCCAUAACUUAAUAAAUCUUUUCUGUAAAGAAACCUAUACUUGUGGAACUUUUUAUAAAAACCGAAUAAAGAUGAGACUAUCAAAACGAAAUCUUACAACAGUAUUCAGAGAUUGAAAAUGCAAUAUUGGCAGGAAGGGUUCGGAACCAUGGACUUCUGUUCGCAAUACGGUCGCUCUAACCUUCUGAACUACCUAACCUGUCAGCAGUGGUUUUCUUGCCAAGUCCUGAUAUGGUUAUAUACCUGAAACGAAUGUAAGGGGAAGUUACUCUGCACAUCUUUGUACGUGAAGACUACAGAGAGAUUCUGAAGUGGGCAGUGAGACAAGGAUCCUUAAGUGAUUUUUUUGUUUGAGUGGUUUUAUGUCCGCUUCACUACCGAGUAGUUCCGUUAUUCAGCAGACGAAGAAAAGAUAGGAAAGUGAGUAGGCGGGAUAAAGUAUCUAGUGAAAGGAUAGAAAAGGGUGAACUUAAGUAAAGAGCAGGGUACAAUUUAAUAUUUCUGGUGUCAGUAGAUGUUCGUUUGCUUAACGCUGCCUUCGUGCAAGAUAUUUCAGUCACUAUAUCAUAGAGACAGAUAUAUGAUGCACCAAGCACAACUGAUGGGACAUCAUGAAGUUAAUUAACACAAUUUAGAGAUCGUGUUAUUGAAGGAAAGAGGGAUUUGUGCUGCUAUUUUACUUGCUUGUGUUUUAGAAAUUUGUAGCGUAUUUUGUACAUCUUGGAUAACUUUAAAAACAGGUAUUAGACAUUGCCUAUUAGACAUUGCCUAUUAGACAAUGCAUUAUGCUUGCCCUUUAAAGAAACCCUUAAUGCUUUGAAUCACUAAUUUUUCAAAAGUCAGUGUAGAAGCUUUCAAACUUUGAAACAUCAAUUUUAAAAAAAUGUUGAGGUUUUCGGAGCAUUAAUUUUCGAAGAGUAAUAGAGGACUGUGAAUAUUAUUUUUUUCGAAGAGACAGUAGAGGCUUAGAAGUACUUAUUUUCUUGGAUUAUUCAUUUCCAGAGAAACGGAAGGAGCUUCAAAUAUUUUGGAGAAUUGCUGGAGACUUAAGGAUAUUCUUUUCGUGAUUUUUUCGAAGAAUUGUGAGAGGCUUUGGAACAUUAAUGUUCGGGGGAAAGUAGAGGCUUUGCAAUAUUGAUAUUUGUUAUAUCAUACUUUGAAAUGGAUCAUUUCUGAAUAGCCUACAUUUUUUGGAUAUCAUUCUUAAAGAUUAGCAGAUGCUUCGAAAUAUUAAUCUUCGGUAUUUGCAAUAAAAAAAUGUUUAAUAUGUCAUUUUGAAAGUUUUUUGUUUUUUUUUUUAAAUUAGGAAAACUUAAUGAUAAAAAUUUCGAAAAUUUAAUGAAUUUCUUUAAUGCCAAACAUGUCAAUAAAAAAGGAUAUUGAUUUGGAAAAAAAGUAAUAAUUAAAACUUAACCAGCGCCACAGUGAAAAUUGUCAACGUUAAAUAUUUCAUUUAAACCGAAAAUGCCAUCAACCAUUACUGCUAUGUUCAUGCCAUGCAAGUUAAGUUAUAUAUAUAACUAAUAUCUGUUUUCCCUUUUUUAAUGUGUUAUUUUGUGUUUGUGAACAGGAUAAUGAUGUGUAUUGAUGACGCUAUAGAAUGACUUGAUGAUACGUGAUAACAAGUAGAGUUAUCGAAGUAAAAUGUGAUCAACAUAGACAA